AUGGCCGCUGCAAGCCCCGCAAAAAAACUUCAGGAUGAAGUUACUUGUUCCAUCUGUCUGGAUUACUUUGAGGAUCCCGUGAUGAUCGUCGAGUGCGGGCACAAUUUCUGCAGGGGCUGCAUCACCGAGAACUGCAGAGGAUCCGGUUGCAGCGCCUCCUGCCCAGAAUGCAGGCAUCUCUUUUCCUGGAAGAAUCUCAAACCGAACAGACAACUGAAGAAUAUUGUGGAAACAGCCAAGCAGCUCAGUUUGCAGCUGGACAACAGCUCGGAAACGGAGAGCAUGUGCAAGGCACACCAGAAACCCCUGACUCUCUUCUGCAAAACCGACGAAAGCCUCCUGUGCCAGGUGUGCGAGAGAUCCCAAGUUCACCGAAGUCAUGCUGUGGUUCCCACAGAAGAAGCUGCCGCACAUUACAAGAAGAAGCUGUGGAAAGAUCUAGAAAAUCUGAAGGAAGAAAGAAACCAGAUUCAGUCAGCUAAAUCAAAUGGAGUAAAGCCAAGCCAGGAGUUAUUGAAGGAGAUACAAGCCAAGAGCCAAGAGAUUGUGUCUGAAUUCCAACAGAAGCAGAAGGUUUUGAAAGAAGAAGAGGAACUCCAGCUGUCCAAGCUGAGAGACCUGCAAAAGGAGAUUGAGAGGAAAAGAGAUGAUUAUGCCAGCAAGUUUGUGGAUGAAAUAUCUUACAUCACUGAUCUGAUUGGUGAUGUGGAAAAGAAGGAAAAGCAACCUGCAAAUGAAUUCCUGCAGAAUAUUAAAAGCACGAUGGUCAGAUGCAACAAGAGCAAAUUUCAGUGUCCAGCUGAUCCUGAUACUUCAGAUAUGAAGAAAAGGCUCAAUCUAUUCUGUCAAGAGAGGACCUCUCAGCAUAGUUCUUCCAGGGAAUGCAGAGAGAACAUGUUGAGACCAAAAUGGAUCAAAGAAAAUGUGUUGCUGGAUCCAGAAACAGCCCAUCCCCGAUACGUUGUGUCUCCAGAUUGGAAGUCUGUAUCAUGGGGAGAUGUCCGUCAGCAAUUUCCCUACAACCCAAAGCGAUUUCAGCGUGUUCGCGGUGUUCUUGGGUGGGAGGGAUUCACUUCAGGAAAACAUUACUGGACAGUGGAUGUAGGGGAUGGAGAUUAUUGGGCUGUGGGAGUGGCCAGAGAAUCUGUGGAGCGGGUGGAGGAAAUUGAUCUUGAACCUGAUGAGGGAAUCUGGGCAAUUGGGCGUUACGGUGACCAGUACAAAGCCCUGACCUCACCUCCUACCCUGCUGGAAGUAGAGGAGGAGCCAACAGAGAUUCAGGUUUCUUUGAACUAUGAUGCGGGGAUAGUUCAUUUUUAUGAUGCUGAAGAUAGGACCCGUCUCUUCACUUUUCCAUCAGUUGAUUUUGAAGGAGAGAAAAUUUUCCCUUUUUUCCGGAUUGUUGAUUCAUCAACUGUCCUGAACUUGUAUUCUUAA